GGCUGCCAAGACUCGAUGUUGUUCGUGCCUUCCUACCAGGUAUUUUCAAGUUGGGCUCAAGGCUGCCAUCUGUACACCGGAAAGCGUGGCGACCUCCGGUACAGAACCGAGCCUUAUUGUGUGGUGCUUAACAAUGCCCGGCUGAAGGCAGCACCUCGUCACCCCAUCCACCAGUCGUUCCGGUGCACGCGCUAUCGCCCUCGGAGUUGCGCUCUCGAACUUCAAGGGAUGGAGGCCGAGAAGGACCGUAUCACCCACCAGCCUGGUCGCGAAGACUGGCGACCGGAUGCUCCCGGAUGCCGAGACCCGGAGCGGUGCCGCCAACCAGCCUGCGCUGCGUCGGCCUGGGGCAGGAUUCCCCAUCGUCGUCUUCUUGGCUAUUGGUGCGCGGUCUUUAGCUUGAUCAUCGUCACUCCCUUCUUGCUGGGAUCCCUUCUGCCCCAGGAUGCUUUGCGAUGGGCAGCUCCCUGGCUCCACGCGACCGGCCAUCCGGCCACGCCGUUGAUCUCUGGAGACCGCUACCUGAUCGGCGUCGGCAAGGCUGAUAUUACCGGCCCCGUGGUCGAAAUCAACCUGAUGGGCUAUGCGGACCCCAAGCAGCUCGGGACCGGUCUACGCCAGCGUCUGUACUCUCGGGCCUUCAUCAUCGCUGAUGUCGACCGGCCGGAGGAGCGGUUCGUCUACCUGGUUCUGGACACACAGUCUGGCGACACGGCCAUCCGAUAUGGUAUUCUCAACGGCCUCAAGGAGCUUGGGCCGUCAUAUGCCGUCUACAACCACCACAACGUUGCCGUGACGGGCACGCACUCUCAUGCAGGGCCCGCCGGCUGGUUGAACUACCUCCUCCCCCAGAUUACCAGCAAGGGCUUCGACCAGCAGAGUUACAGGGCCAUCGUUGACGGAGCCCUCCUUUCCAUCCGCCGGGCCCACGAGAGCCUUCAGCCCGGGUACUUGAGCGUUGGCACUACCAAGGUCCACGGCGCCAACAUCAACCGCAGCUUGUUCGCCUACCUUGCCAACCCAGAGCAGGAGCGUGCGAAAUACAACGUCAGCGCUGACGACGACGGGUCCGUGGAGAAGGACCUGACGCUGCUCAAAUUCCAGCGUGCUUCAGACGGCAAGAACAUCGGCGUCUUGACAUGGUUCCCCACGCACGGAACCUCGCUUCUGGGCAACAACACCCUGAUCGCUGGCGACAACAAAGGGGUUGCCGCUUACCUGUUUGAGAAGAGCGUCCGCGACGACCCUACGGCAGCCGAGAAUUUUAUCGCCGGGUUUUCGCAGGCCAACGUCGGCGACACUAGCCCCAAUGUCCUCGGGGCGUGGUGCGAGGACGGCUCGGGCCAGAUGUGCAGUUUUGAGAACAGCACCUGCAGCGACGGCAGAUCCCAGGCCUGUCACGCCCGAGGGCCGUUCUUCAGGGUCAAAGACAACGGCGCAAGCUCGUGCUUUGAGAUCGGGCGGCGUCAGUUCGAGCCUGCUCGGGCGCUCUACGACCAGCUUCAGCGAAAUCCAACCCCCGUAGGAGGCGGACCUGUCAAGGCGUUCCAUAGCUUCCACAACAUGUCCGGCUUCUCGUUCUUGCUUCCGAACGGCUCGGAGGUCCGCACAUGCCCUGCUGCGCUCGGAUAUUCCUUCGCCGCCGGGACCUCGGACGGCCCGGGAGCAUUCGACUUCACACAGCACUCGGGGAACGAGAAUACCACGUCGCCGGUCUGGCGGGUUGUCUCGCGGCUCCUCAAGGAUCCCACCCCCGCACAGCGAGCUUGCCACUACCCCAAACCGAUCCUCCUCGACGUUGGAGAGAUUGAUACGCCUUACGCCUGGACGCCGAACGUGGUCGACGUGCAGGCGUUCCGGGUCGGCCAGCUCGUGAUCAUUGUCAGCCCCGGCGAGGCCACCACCAUGGCCGGGCGGCGGUGGAAGCAAGCCGUCCAGGACGCCUUCGUCCGCCUGUCCGAGGCUGAACCCCGCCGGGGUGUCUCCCAGGCUCCGUCCCCGGUCGUCGUGCUCGGCGGCCCGGCCAACAGCUACACGCAUUACAUCACCACCGAGGAGGAAUACGCCAUCCAGCGCUACGAGGGCGCCUCAACCUUGUAUGGCCCGCACACGCUGGCAGCCUAUAUCAAUGUGACGCUGUCGCUCCUGCCGUACCUGGGCGCCGACGCCGCACCGCCCCCGCCGCACGACAAGGUGGGGCUGUUCCCGCCCGACAACGCGAACCGGUCGCUGUCCUUCAUCACGCCUGUCAUCCGCGACGGCCCGCCGCUCUUCAGGCGCUUCGGGGACGUGCUCACGGACGCGCAGAGGCUGUACCGCCGGGGCGAGUGGGUGAAGGUGGUGUUCGUCGGCGCGAACCCGCGGAAUAACCUCCGUCUGGAGGGCACGUUCGCCGCGGUGGAGAAGCUGACGGCGGGGCCGGCAGCGGCGGGGGCCGGGCCCGGUGGGCAGCAGCACGAGCAGCAGGCGUGGACGAGGGUGAGGGACGACAGCGACUGGUCGCUGGUUUAUCACUGGCGGAGGACGAGCGAGGUUUUGGGGAGCAGCGAGGUCGAGAUUGUUUGGGAGACGGAGGACUGGGCGGACCGCGGGGUGUAUCGGAUUCGGUACUACGGCGAUGCGAAGAGCUUGGGAGGGGAUAUUCAGGCGUUUGAGGGCGUGAGUUCGGCGUUUACACUGGUGUAAGCAUGGGCGUUGUGGGCUGGG